AUGGGCGAUAAUUGGGACGAUGAUGACUUUGAACCCGACGUUCAGACGCUGGCACCUCCACCUCCAGUGAUCGAAACAGUUCCUGAACCUGCACCAGAGGCAGCACCCGCACCCAAAGCCAAACCACAGAAAAAGAGUAACGCACUGAAUAUGGAAAGCUUUGCGCGAGAAUUAUCGGCUGCGGAGAGGGAGGAGAUACAGCGACGGCAAGAGCUCGCAUUGACUGCAGAAAUGUUUGGAGAAAAGCCAUGUACGGGUGAUGAACGACCUUACAGUGAAAUCCUUACGAAAGACGAGUUUGAGGACUGGGGACUAAAGGUUGGCACGUUUUUAGCAACACGGCACAAAGCUGCUCAUUAUGGUUACAUGCUGAACAAACUCAUUCAAACCGUUUCAGAGAACCUAGACGCAAGCGAACUUCGAACGAUGUCAAAUUAUUUAAAAACUCUGGCAGACUCCAAAAAAGCUGCUGAAAAGGUUAAACCCGUCCCUGGUUCGAAAAAGGCGCCCAAAGCAACGUUAAAAGUUACUAAAGCUAGCAACAAACAAGUUUAUGACGAUUAUGGUGCAGACGACUAUGACGACUACGAUGAUUUUAUGUGA